AUGUCAACAGGCAUCUGGCGUUUGUUUCGAAGGGGUGGCGAUGAAGGAGAGGGCGAGAAGAAGGCAACGCGUGCAUACCUCGGAGAGGAGAACCAGUUCUACUACAACAAAGAACUCAAGCGAUGGCUCAUCCGAGGCGAAGAACACCUUGCGCAGCAGCAGGAGACUCCACCCCCUCCCCCUGCUGCAGCUGCAACACCAGGAGGGCAGCAGCUUGACAAGGCGUCGCCAGCUGCGGGUGGCAUUAGGCGAAUGAGGGUGCGUGGCGCUGCGAGUCUGUACACUGCGACGCCAGGGCUACCAACGACGAGCAGCGGCAGCAAAGAUGCUGCCAAGAGGCCCCUCACCUUUGUGAUGCCUCCCUAUAGGCUGCCGCAACAGCCGCAGGAACCACAGCAGCAGCAGGCAGAGGGUAGUGAGCAAGGGCCUCCACACAGUGACAGUAAUCUGCAUGAAGCAGCAACAGAUGCCCUUGCCCCGGAAGAUACAGCGGUGAAGGGUAGUGAAGGCAAGGAGGGGUGUCGCGUGCGCGCUGCAUCUUCGGAGCCGCCGCUCUGUGAGAGCCACGGCAGGACUGCAGCAGAGGAGGAGCAGCGGAAACACCAGGGACACCAGCAGCAGCAGCAGCAAACAGCAUCUAAGGGGGAACCUCCAGUAGAGAAGACUGAGCCACUUAAGCGGCCGCCCCUAUGCUCAAACAAUGCUUCCGCCCAAUGCUCUACCGGUGCCCCUUCCCCCCCCGAAGCUGAAGCAAAUGCACUGCUUUUCCGUGAGGGACAGCACAGGCAGCCGGAGGCAGCGCAGCAACAGGCUGUCCAGAUGAAUGGCGUGGAGGAGACUGUUGGCGAACAGCAGCCACACUCCGAGGUCACUUCCUCCUCUGCUCACCACCCGCAGCAGCAAGAGCUGCCGCAGCAGCAAGACCGGCGGAGAGCAGCGGAAGCGGAGGGCUAUGGAAUGGUAGCGCCGAUGCCUGCCCGGGACUGGGACAGCGAGCUGGCUGAACACCCUUUUGGCGAGUCUCCCAGAGAACGGCAACAGCUGGUACUAGAGGGCGGCGCAUUAGCUGCCCUUCCGCCUGAGCCUUAUCUGCAACCGAUAGACGCUGCCGCUGCAGCAGUAGCUCCGCAGACAACUGAGGCAGCACCUGAAUAUCACCGAAGAGAAGCAAAGCGCAUAUAUACCGAAGAAGCUCCCGCCUCGCAGCAAGUAGUUGCUAUCCCCUUGCAGCAACGGAAUGCUGAAGAGGGGCUACUGAAUUCAGAUCAAGAGAUCAUCUCUUCCUGGAGCGAGCAGCAGCAAGACCAACAGGCGCAGCAGCAACACCAGCAGCCACCUCAGCACCGGCAGUGUGCCGAGCUGCCUCCACAGCACGACGUUUCGUCUUUUCGUGAGCCAGGCGGCUCAAGCAGCAGCAGCUGCACCACAGGUGCCUCGCCAAAGUUGGAGGGUCAUCUGCGCAGAGAAACAGAUGCCCAAGCCAAUCUGCGUUCCAGAAACAGUCCGAAGACUUCUCCGCAAGGUGCGACGGCAUCCGCUGCUGUUGCUGCUGCUUCUGUUCCUGUUGGUGGCGCUCCUGCUCCUACUGAUGCCCGUGAACAGCCCUUCCACAGAGCCGCUUCGUUGCAUACGGGCGAGGCGAAAGCGAAGGCAAGCUCCCACCGCCAGACGUCGGAGGUUUGGGGCUCCUCCCUCUCUCGCCCAACAUCCCUUCAGCAAGAACAACACCUGCUGCGGGAACAGCAGGAGGGGCAGGAGCACCACAAGGUGCCGCAGGACGUUGAACAGCAGCGGCAGGAGGAGCAGCUUCAGCUACUGCCGCAGCAGCAAUAUCCAGGGCAGCAGCAGCUGCACCAAGGCCUGUUCAUGGAAGACAUCCUUCCUGGAUUUGCACGCGCAGUGCAGGAUCUGGAGAAGAGCAGCGCAGAGACGCUGCGGCAGCUGGCUGCGCUGCAGCAGCAGGUGGGGGUGCUGCGCUCUCGCAAUGCCUGCCUCACAUCAAGCAUUCAACAGGUGACUGAGCAGCUUCUGACGGGGGAGGGCCCUAUGGUGGAGAGGCAGCGGGCAGCAGAGCUUCUUCAGGACGCCCUUGAAGCUGCUGCUGCCGAGUUCCCCUCUCCUAUCGGCGACGACUCUGAGCUGCAGCCGUCGCCGACGUACAGUGCUGUCUCCGAUGCGGAGGCAGCGUUAGAAGAGGCCCAAGGUGCAGUAUCUGCUCUGACGCAGAUGCUAGUGGAGCAGAUGGAGAGAAACAGACAACUGCAAGAGGAAGACAUGCACUUCGACGCGGACGUUGUACAGUUCAUCACGCAGCUGCAGCAGCAGCAUGGAUCUCUCGAGCCGUUCCUGCAGCAGCAGCUACUUCUGCAAGGAGCGCAUAUGGAACAGCAGGAGAGUCUGACAAACCUGAAGCGCAUGCACGAUGAACUCAGCAGACGCAUGGAGGAGAGCUGUGCUCGAGCGGCCGAUUUGGAGGGACAGCUGGCCUUGGCUUACGAGAAACGGCAGCAGGUGCAGCAAGAGCUAAACAGGUCUCAGCUGGAGUUGCACCACAACCAGGACCUGCUCCAGCAGGCACAGCAUCAAAAUGAACUACGCGCGGACGAGCUGCUCCAGCAGUCGAAAGGAUGGCAGGAGCAGCUCGCUGCUUCGGAGCAGCAGUUGGCAAACCUGCAGCAAGAGACGGAGCAGCAGAAGACGCUUCUGGAGGAGCUGCAGGAGCGGCUGGCGGCCGCAUCUGAGCGCGAAGCAGCGGCCACUGCUGCCAGAGCAGUUGCCGAAGCCGCACGGGAGGAGGCGGAGAGCCAGGUUGCGCGAGCAAUGCUUACGAACGAGCAGCUGCAGCAGGAGCUGCAGCACCAUCAAGAACAACAGAACCAGGUGGAGAUUGUCCUGAAGGAGAAGCAGGAUGCUUUGGACAGGGCUUCGAACAUGCAACAGCUGCAGCACGAGAAAGAUUUGCAGCAGCGCCAGCAGCAAGAAGGUCUGGAAAGGCAACUGCUGGCGCGGGAAUUCAUGCUGGAGCAGCUGCAACGGGAGUUAAAUCAGCAAUUGACAAGGCAGCAACAGCAGCAGCAGCAGCACAAGGCCGAACUGGAGAUGUUGAAGCAGCAACACUCAGCGGAACUGCAAGCGCUCGCUGGGGAGCACGCAGCAGUCCUCAAGCAGGAGCGUGAGCAUAACCAGAAGCUGGUGGAGGAGGAGCAACGCAUCACGGCUGCGUGCCACGACGAAGUAGAGCGGGCGCAGCAGAAGGUGGAUGCGCUGCAGCAACAACUGGCUCAACAGGAGGAGCAGCACGAACUCAUGACGCAAAGACAACAGGAGGAUUCGGAGCAAUUUCUACGCAA